ACUUCUAGUUCCAGUACAUCCGCUGUUUGUAUUAUUUUGUAAAAAUACGAUUUCAAGACGCUUUAAUUGUACGUAUGGGGCCUAUAUAGGGCUUUGGCUUUAUUCUUCUUGAGUGUAGACUGAAGUUUGAAAUUAAAACAAUUAUUUUAUAUAAUAAAGAAUAUUAAUAAAAUAAAGAGCACAAUAUCAUAAUUAAAUUUUCUAAACAUAAUUGAAUUUUUUGUAGGUCUAGGUUAGUCUCAAUUUAUCAUCAAAUUUAUCACCAUGACUUGAAUAAUAUUAAUAAUUAAUGUCAUUCAGAUUCAGAUAUCAUGAUCAUGUCAUUUAUUUUUAUCAUUUAGUUAUGAUUUAGUGUGAUUUACUCAAUCAUUUAGUAAUUUUGACGAUUUAGUAUCAUUUUUAGAAGUGACUUCUUCUUCUUCUAUAUAUUAAGGGCCCACGAUAAAUUUAUUGAUCAUUUUGGCUGCUUUGCAUGCAUGUAGAGGGGAUUUGCACUGUUUCUGUGCCUGGUGUUGAUGAGGACAUUUCACUGAUUUCCAGUGCCACUUUGUGAGGGAAUCAUACACUAGGGGUUAGAAGGCUUGAGGCAAUAGACACAAAUGAGUCUAACGUUGCCGCCUCAUCUGUUCCUUUUGAAAGCUUGUUCCAGUCCCUGAUUGUCUUGGGCAGGAAUGAGCAGCUCCUAUACUGGCUUCUUACUGGUAUGAGCCGGAAUUGCCUGUCAUGGCCUUGUCGCUGUCUAUAAGGGAGAGGGAUGAGUUUCUGUUUAAUACUGGAACGGUAGACCAGCCUUUUGUUGCUUUAACUUUAAAUUCAAUGCCAAAUGCAAAUGGCAUAAAUAGGCUAAAUAGCGUUUUUUGUGUGUUUUCUUUCAUAGUAGUAUAGUCUUCUUAUUUAAUUUCAACUUAUUUAAUUAUUAAAGAAUUUUGAUUAAUUUUAAAAGUAAAAGAUUGUCUUUUUGUUUGAAUACAACAUCAAUAACCAUUAAACAAAUAGUAUGAGUACUACAAGACAGAUGAGAUAAAGCAUAUUUCAUGCAUUCUUUUGUCAUCUCAGUAUCAGCAUUAUCAUUAACAGCACCAUUGUGGCAUGCAACGAGACCUCUUAUGUUGAACACCCACACCCCCCUCCUCCAUUCCCCCGACAAGCCCCCCCCCCCCAACAAUCACUCAUUGAACAUACAGCAGAGUCUGUCGUCAUAACGAGAAUUCUAAUCUACAUCAGUGAUCCCCAAGCUUUUUGUAUGCUGAGGUCAUGCGAAACGACAUUAAUUAAAAAAGUUCAUCUACUUUGGAGCUACAAAAAUAUGCACUACAUUCAUAAUUUUUUCAAUCGUCAUUGCGAAGACAUAAUUAUUAUACUUACCUAAAUAAUUUUCUGCGCACCACCGACGGGAUUCGGGAACCGCUGAUCUAUGUUAGCCAUUAACCCCUGGUACACCUCUCUGUCCACAACUGUUUAGAAAAAGUCAUUCCACUUGCAUAGGAAGGGGGCUGCGGAGGAGGGCCAGCCGCCCUAAGCUGCACUUUUUUCUCUAUAUGGCAGGGCUGCAUUUUGGAUCAACUGAAGAGUUUUUUUAAUUUCAUGGUAAUGUGGGGAAAAAUCUUGCCUUAAACUAACCCUCACUUACCCACUGAGACAUUCUUCUUCAUCCCUAGCUGAACUGUAACAAUUGUGUUAUGGUAUGCUGUAACAGUAGAUUUACAGUAUGCCGAAACAUAGUAACAAAGGAGAGAGACACCAAUGAGGUUAGCAUGAAAGGAAAUGAGUGAAACAAAAUAUGGGAAAACAAAAAAAAAAUGAACGCAACAAAACAACGUACAUGUCGGCAGGAAGCCUUCAUCAGCAAACAAACAAUAGUAAAAACAGAAUUAAAUAAAAAUAUCACUUAACUGAAAAGUAGUAUCCGAGAAAACAGCAAUUCUAUUUUUUAUUGCUACUUUUAUUUAAUUUAAACACCUCAUAUCUUACUUAUUUUUAUCGUAUGAAUAUUAAUUUGGUCUGAGACUGUAAAAAAGUGAAAAAUUUGGCCACGCAUGGGCUGAAUAGACAAUGCCACAAAAUGUUAUCAAUUGACUGAUUUUUAAAAAACAUUGCCCAUCAAAAUCCCUUUAAAACCAACAGAACUACAUAAAAACUAAUUGUAAAACAAUAAAACCUUGUUCUAUUAAAUAUUUAGAGUGUUAAUGUAGUUCCAUCAGGUAAAUAGGGAAUUUUUCAUUUAAAACACUUGAUGAUAUGCACUCGACAAUGACAUUUAAUUUAAUACACUAAAAUAAGAGAGUAUCAAAUAUUCUGAGUAUGCUACACAAUGGCUACAUUAAAACCUGAAUAGCCAAAAAUGGGAUAGUCAAUAACUAAAUAUCAUCUGAGCCCUGACAAAAGCAAUCAUAAAUAAUAUAUAAAAAUAACUGAGUGAUCAACUAUAAAGUUUGAGAAUCAGAUUCGUUAGCGCUUAUGGUGAUAAUUCAAAUUUCAUGGCAUAAUUAAAUUAAUCAAUUAAUUAUCAUAAUUUGGUUAGAGUCACUGCUUAGGAUACCAUGCCUGUAUACAAUGUAGGCAGGGUUUUGCUUUUUUUAUUUCAUUCAUUUUCAUUGCCAUUGCAUUGUCAAUAAAUGAAUUAGAGCCACCCAUAAAUGACAUACUAUUUUGGCCAAAUUUGUAACAAGAAUUGACACUUUUAUGACACAUCAUCACAAAUUCACAUGUGACGUUGCUUAUGGAUGACCCUAAGCCUAUUUAUAUUUAAUAGAUGUUUGCUAAAGAACUCAGUGAAUUCUUGCGCAAGUCAUUAAUGAUUAAACUCUGACUGCUGGUAAUAAAAUUAAAGCCUAAACUCUCAAUUGCGAAUUUUGAAUGUUUACUACUUUAUACUUAAUACUGAAACUUAAGCUAUUUAGUCCAAAGGAAGUGUCAGCUGUUAUUACAAGCUAUUUAACGCUGUAUUGUCAGUGUUAUUCUUGAUAUCAUUGAUAAGUUUUUAAAAAGGCAAUUAUGAUUAAUACGUUAGUGCUGAGCUCCAAGGUUGUGCUAUUGCAAGAAAAUGAAGUCAAUUAAUUAAAAUAACACCAAAACUGUCAUUCUAAUUUUUUAGAUUAAAAAUUAACUAUUUACCAGUAUAAUAAUAGUACCAGAUUAUUUGUAACAGCUAAGGCAAAGGUGUCAAAGCUAGAGGAGUAGGCCUACCUCAUAUAAUUCAAAAUUAACAUGUCCAAUAAAAAAUUUAAAAAAAAAUGUAGAAUUAACCAUUUUAAAACCCAUUCUUAGCCAUAAAAAUGGCAACUACGGGGUGCUAAAAAUGAGCUUAUGAAGCCAGAGGGGGGGGGGGGGGGGGGUGCAAUGUACCAAUUUAUUUUAGAGCCACUCAUCUUGACCAUUAGAUUCAUGAAAAUUCCCUGGUACAUUUAAUAGAACAAUCGACUUUUGGUUAUAGCUGAUUGACGAUGUAUAUAUAUGUUCCUAAAUAUUAUUUUAGGAAAUAUGGGUCCUGGAGCUCGUUCUCGUUCACGCAGUCCAGUGAAAGUGGACAGCAAAGUUGAAAAUGAUGACUUGAGAAAAAAAGAAUCUCGAAGAGAAAGAUCGCGUUCUAAAGAGCGUAACAAAAAUAAGACAAGACAUAGAUCAAGAAGCAGAGAAAGGUAAUGUUCAUAAGAACCCUUGCUUUUGUAUUAGUUGUUUAAAAUAACUGAUAUCUUUUGAAUUUGUAUUACUGGUAAUUAUUUUUGCUGUAAAAUUUAAUCCCUUAUCAAGAUAAUAUCUUAAAUAAUAUAAUUUAAAAUGUAUUGCCAUAAUUAGUGAAAACGUAAAUAAACUUUUAAUUAUUAUACAUUUUAGUUAACUAACCAUAUGACCAUCUACAUCCCUUACAGAAAACGUAGCAGAAGUAAGGAGAAAAAAAGAAACAGAAGUCAGAGUAGAGAAAGAGAUAAGAGCAAGAGAAAAAGAUCACGAUCACCAAAGUCAAGAGAUGGAAAACAGUCAGUUUGAUUUAAAAUAUAUAGUUUUUUUCUCUUAUUUGUACCUCAAGAGUUAAGUCAGCACUUUUUUUCAAAAUAUGCUCUUUUCUUUUAAUAUUCGCAAAUUUUCCCAAAAGGCUCAAAAUAAUAUAAAAGAAAGGAUUUAUGAUAAAUAUAUUUUUCAAAUUAAAAAAAAAAGUAUUUAAUACUAUUUGACUUUGUCUUUCAGGUUAACUAGAGAGGAAGAAGAAGAAGAAAAACUGAAGUUGGAGAAAAAAGUGCCUCUUUCCUUAGAAGAACUUCUGGCAAAGAAAAAGGCUGAAGAAGCUGCUCUAAGCAAGGUAAUUGUAGGAGAAGGAUAAUUCAAUAUUGACGAAGCACAUCAUAUUAAAUUUUAUGCAAGAAUCUACUUGUAGUUUCUCAAAAUUGUCAUGAUUUUAAUGAGAAAACUUGAGUCUUAACAAUAACAGUACAUGCUUUAGAUAAUUAUUUGUGCAUGCAAUCACAUCAAAAUUUAAAAUAAAGGGGAGACAAAAUUUUUAUGAUUAUCUUUUACCCUAGACAAGUUAUGUAUUAAAUAAUUGGAAUAUUUUAAUUCUACAGCCUAAGUUUUUGACAAAAGAAGAACGUGUAGCUGAAGCAUUACGCAAGCGACAGGAAGCUGCAGAUGAAACAAGGCGGAAGCUUGAUGAAGAGAGGAAGAAACAAAUAGAAUUCUUAAAAGCUGGAAAAGAUUCGAUGGGUAAACUUUCUUACACUCAUUUGAAAUACUUAUAAGCAUAAGUUUAAGUUAAAAUUUCAGUGGAAUCGUUAUCAAGUGUUCUAAAAUAAUACAUGUAAAAUUUCAACAAGGAAUCAAUACAUCCUCACUUAUAUGGACCUUAGAGUUUAAGUAUUAUUUUCUACUGAUAUUUUCAGAUGAUAGGGACAGGGAUAGAGACAGAGAUCGUGACAGAGAGAGAGAAAGAGAGCGCAGGGAAAGACAAAUGAGGCGAGAAAAGAAUGACAGAGAUGACGUUGGGGAAGACAGGACUCCAAAAGUGAAAGAUGUUAAAGACAAAGAUAAAGAAGCUGAGGCAAUUAGGGUGAGCAAUUAAAGAAAUUUUUUAAAUUAGUAGUAUUUUGUAUAGUACAGUUGCAAUUUAGUUUGUCAAAAACAAAAUAAUAUCAGAACUAUUAUAUAUUAUCCUAUGUUAGGCCAGAAUUUAAAAAAAAAAAAAAAUAUGUUGCAGGAGCGCUACCUGGGUAUUAUAAAAAAACGUAAACGAAUUAGGCGCCUCAAUGAUCGCAAGUUUGUUUUUGACUGGGAUGCUGGUGAUGACACUUCAAAUGAUUACAAUGCACUGUACAAGGAAAAGCACACGGUUCAGUUUUUUGGAAGAGGAAACAUAGCCGGGAUAGAUAUAAAGGUGAGGAAGUCUCACUUUCCCUUGGUUAAAUAAUAUUUUUAUCUUUAAAAGUGAAUGGACAAUUAAAAUUGUGAUCUUAAAUUAUCCAUUUCAAAGGCAAUAUUAAAUUUGGUUUUAAAAUAAAAAUCUUCUAAAUUGAUACAUCUUUAUAAAAAAUUAAACCCUUGUGGUACAUAUUGCUUGAUAUAAUUUAUCAAUAUCUUUAUGAAAAAUGAAACCCUUGUGGUACAUAUUGCUUGAUAUAAUUUAUCAAUAAUAUUGAGAUCUUAAAAAGUAAUACCAAUAUUUUCUUAAAGGCUCAGAAGAAGGACCAAUCAAAGUUUUAUGGUGAUCUUAUGGAAAAAAGAAGAACAGAAGCAGAAAAAGAUCAAGAAAAGUAUGAUAAUAGUUUUAAAAAAUAAAAAAAAUAAUAACUUUCUCUCUUGUAUUGAACAAAAAAGGUACUACAUUUUUUAUUUUUAAAUGAUGCAGAUCAGAUUAUUUGGGAAAAAAAAGAGAUGAUUGAUCUUGUGAAAAACAUAUAGUAUUAUAUUAUUAUUUUCACAAAAUAGAGAAUUGCAAUGAUUUUUCCAAAGGAAACGUCUUAAAUCUGUGGCAUCACGAGAAGCUAAACAAAAGUGGGAUGAUCGUCAUUGGUCUGAGAAACCUCUGGAAGAUAUGGUUGAGAGGGAUUGGCGUAUCUUCAAAGAAGACUUUAAUAUAAGUUGUAAAGGUGGUAGAAUACCUAACCCUAUCCGUUUCUGGAAAGAAGCUGAUCUUCCCAAAGAACUUUUGGAUAUUAUUGAUGAAAUUGGCUAUAAGGUAAUUUAAGUUUAAUAUGAAUAAUAUCCAAAAUAUGAACCUGUUUGAUUCCUUAUUCUCCACAAUGCCCAACUCGUAAAACAAAAUAAAAAAUGACUCAUAAAGUUAUGUCCCAGGGGUAGAAACUAUGGGUCGGAUACGCCCUUUGGACGUCUUAAUGAAGAAAUAUUUCCAACCUUGUUUGACCCUUCAUUUCCAAGCAUGCUACUUUGUCCCGUAAAUUUAACUAGAUUAAUAUGACAUUUUUUACCCUGGACAUCAUAGUUUUAAGUAUGAUUUACAAAUUUAUUUUUGAAAUUUCCUUAAUUUUCCUAUAAUGAUUUUGAUAAUAUUUAUAUUUUUGGCAUUGUUUUUGAAAAUUCCUAUAGGAACCAACACCAAUUCAAAGGCAAGCUAUUCCUAUUGGUCUUCAAAAUCGUGACAUAAUUGGUGUUGCAGAAACUGGCAGUGGUAAAACAGCUGCUUUUCUAAUUCCCCUUCUGAAAUGGAUUAUGGGACUUCCUAAAAUUGAAAGGUAAAUUUCAUGCAUAUUUGGGUAGUAGAUUUUUGGUAAAGCUUUAAAUAAUGGGAGAUGAAUUAUUUUAAGUGUCUUCAUUUUAUUUUUAAAGUAGGUUUUGUUAUCAUAAAUUAAUUUUUCAAAUCAGGCAUCUGCAGUUAUUGACAGAGCAAGAAUUUCUGUUCUUUUUAAUAUCAAAUGUUAUAGUAUCUACUAUUUAGAUAUAAUUUGGUAACAAGAAUAAAUUUAAUUUUUAAUUAUCUCAACAAACAGCUUUUAACUUUUGAUAAAAAGUUGCAUCGUUGGCUGAUUCACUGGGGAUGGGGGCUAGUAUCCCCUUUCCCAGCUUACACCUGCUAUCACAUUGAGACAAUAGUCUUUAUUAAAAGUAACCUUCCUCCUGUGGUAACCUUUUCCACAUAAAACACCUUUCCUAUUCAUCACUACAAUGAUUUCAUUGUCUUAAAAUUUCAAAAUGAAAAUAUUACUUAAAUGUGGCAGUAAAUACAAAUUAAUGUUUAAUCUUUAUCAUAGUUUGAAAUAAUUUAAGAAAAGGGUUCAGGUGCAAAAGUAGUGAUUUGCUUCUCUUAAAAUAAAAAAGAAAAAACUUCGAGAUUUUAAUUAAAAGCCUUCACCAUUUAAAAAAAAAUGUAUAAUUUGUUAAAAUGAAAACAUUAUCGUAUAGUUAUAGGAUAACAUUUUUUUUAAAUUCGAAGAAACAUUUAUGAAUUCUUGAAAGCUUAGAUAAAGUUAUGUGUUUUAGAAAAAUAAUUCUAAUUUUUAUGAAACAAAAGAAUGUAAUGAAAGUUCUAUUGAAAGCCUCCCUGAAACACUUCACAUUAAGUUUAAAAAAAUAGGUUGACCUUAAAUCUUAGAUAUAAAUUAAAAUUUACUAUCAAAGAUUAGUGAUCCAAGGGCUGAUCCACAUCUGUAAAGAUAGAUAUACUGAAAAACCGACCAAGGAUCAUUUACAGAGAGUGUUUUGCAAUUUUCUUCAAUCAUGUUGGUUUAUUUCUGACUUGAAACUAUUUUCUGUGGCUUCUGAAAAUAAUAAAUGUUAUGUGUUCUAGUUGUUUUUAUUAAUUUGGAAUGUAUUUUAAAUUUAAUACAAUUAUUUCUCAUCUUUAGAAUGGAAGAUGCUGACCAAGGACCUUAUGCUAUCAUUCUUGCACCCACUCGCGAGUUGGCACAGCAGAUUGAGGAAGAGUCUAUAAAGUUUGGAAAAAAUUUAGGCUUUCGAACAGUAUCCAUCAUUGGUGGUAUAUCUCGAGAGGAGCAAGGUUUUAAACUCAGACAGGGCUGCGAGGUAUGAUGCUAUUUUUUUUGCAGAUGGAAAUAAAGUUUUAAAUUGAAUAUGUAAUUUAUUGAUUUAAAUAAAGCAUUUUAAUUACAAUUAGGUAUUUAAAGUUUAUUUUAUUUAUUACUUAGAACAUUUAUUCUGAAGUAUUUGCAGAGUGUAAAAACCCAUCACUUACUAUUUCAGAUUGUUAUUGCAACUCCUGGUCGACUUAUUGAUGUACUUGAAAACAGAUACCUAGUGCUUAAUCAGUGCACAUAUGUUGUCAUGGAUGAGGCAGACAGAAUGAUUGACAUGGGUUUUGAGCCUGAAGUCCGCAAGAUCCUUGAUUAUCUGCCAGUGACCAAUGAGAAACCUGACACAGAGGAAGCAGAAGAUGAUUCAGUUAUGCUCCGAAAUUUUAAUUCUAAAAAGAAGUACAGACAAGUGAGUAGACAUAUUAUACAUGAAAGUUGUUAGCAUUAGUUUAAAAAUUUUUUUUUUACAAAUAUGACAUUUUUAUAACAAUCUACUUGGCUAAGUUAAAUUUUUACAAGGAGCUGAUUAUUUAUGAAUUUAUUUAAAAAUUUAUUUGGUCCUCUUUUUAAUUUUUAAAUUUAUUGUUUAGUCAGUCAUUUUGGUAUUUAAAUUUCAUAAUUAGAUUUAAUAAAAAUUAUUUAACCACUAGCUACAAUCUAAUGAAUUUAAACAUUUUCAAAGACUGUCAUGUUUACGGCCACAAUGCCACCGACAAUUGAAAGACUCGCCAGGACAUUCUUAAGGAGGCCAACGGUGGUGUACAUUGGUAAUAUUGGUAAACCUGUUGACAGAGUCGAACAGAUUGUUUACAUGGUUGGAGAAAAUGAAAAGAGGUUUGUAUUUCUGAUUAUAUGAGGGGGAUUAAAAUUAAUGAAUGUUUAUAUUAUUGAAAAUUUAUAAGGAUAGACCUGUCAGGAUAGACCAGUCAUAUUCACCAUCAAGCUGUUACGUUGGUUCCACUACCUUUUCAACUUUAUAUUUUGUCAAUUAUGUGCUUAUUUAAUUGUUAUUUUGUUUAAAGUAACGUAGUAGAUAAAUAUCAACAUUCCUAAAAUAAACCCUCUGAAAUUGUACAUGGGUUUGUUUUAAGAUCAUAACAAUAUGUUUGUAAUUUAUUGAAAGGAAAGCUUAAUAAAAUGUGGAAUGUAAUGUAUUUGUUUUUGUUGCAAAAGUUUCAUUAGUUCUUUAACUAAAUUUUAAACUUUUUUUUUUCAGGAAAAAACUUCUUGAUGUGCUCAAUAAAGGUAUUGAUCCGCCUAUCAUCAUUUUCGUUAACCAGAAGAAAGGAGCAGAUGUAUUGGCAAAAUCUUUGGAAAAAAUGGGGGUAAAGCAGAUUAUAUAAUACAGAAUUUAGUUAAUUUCAUGACUAGUUGUAGCAUUUUAACAUAACUUUUUUAAUAACAGAUCUGUUUAUUGAAAUUGACUUAAUUAUGACACCUCUAAAUUGUUUCAGUUCAAUGCCUGUACACUUCAUGGUGGCAAAGGCCAAGAGCAGAGAGAAUUCGCCCUGGCUAGUCUUAAGGGGGGCACUAAAGAGAUCCUUGUGGCAACAGAUGUGGCUGGUCGUGGUAUUGACAUCAAGGAUGUUUCUAUGGUCAUCAACUAUGAUAUGGCUAGAAAUAUUGAAGGUAGGCUGUCUUUAGAUUUGAUGAAUGAUUGUUACAUUUUCCUUAUUUUACCCUAUAAUUACAUGGAUGGUAUGUGGAUUUAUACGAACAAACUGCAACUUUAUCAGCUAAAUUUGUGACCUUUUCAUUAAUUUAACUAAAAAUAUAUAUUUUACUACUGUUAUUUCAAAGGGUUAUUUAAAUUUUCUUUUUAAUCAUGAUCUUAAAAGAUUUUUUUUUAAAUUUUGGAUCAUGUUUAAUAGUUGGAAUGAGAUGCAUGUGGAAUUUUACACCCAACAGAUUUAUUUUUUAAAUUAUAGUUAAAAAGGUUGUCUAAAUAUUUAAUUCUUAAAAGGAUAAGUUUAAUACGCUAGGACAUGAUUUCAUGGUUUAAACAAAUUGAACUACAUCUCCAAAUCAUAACCCAAAACAUAUUACCUCUGUUUCAGAUUACACUCAUCGUAUUGGUAGAACUGGUCGAGCUGGAAAAGAAGGUGUUUCUGUUACAUUCAUUACAAAGGAGGACAGCGCAACAUUCUAUGACUUAAAACAACUCCUCCUACAAAGCUCUGCCUCAUCCUGCCCACCUGAACUGGCAAAUCAUCCUGAAGCCCAGCACAAGCCAGGAACUGUAGUGCAGAAAAAGAGAAAGGAUGAAAAAGUUUACAUAACCUAAUUCAACUUCAAAUAUAUAUAUUUGGUGUCAUGUUGUUGUACUGUUGUUGUGCCUGAUUUCAGUUAACAACUCAUGUUUUUAUUGGGCUUAUGAUUUGAUCCAUUUUAUUUUUCAAAAGCAUUUCAGCUAUACAUGUCAGUUUGAAUAUCUUCUAAUUGUACCAAAAAAUUAUAUGCUAUUAUUCCAGACUGAAAGACAAAAAAAAAAAAUGAAGAAAAGAUACAGCUUUUGGAGAGUUUUAAAUCUCUUUAAAUUUUUACUUUCAUGGUGUAAACCUAUUGCUCUUCCAAAAAUAACUCAAAUAUUUGCUUUUUAAUGAUCAUGUACUCUUAAAACAGUAAUUCUAAUAUUGUAUAAUGACCAACUACUUGAAGACAAAUAUAACAAAGUUAUUAAUCUCAUAGGAAGAUAGACAUUAACUUAUGACUCUUCAGCUGAAAUAUGAAUUUUAAUUCAAAAACUUUUGCAAAAAAAGCACUAUUUUAUUUGUUCAGUACUGUUAAAGUAUGAGAUCUCAAAUAUUUGUUUUUCUUUAUAAACAUGUAUAUUUAAUUUAUUUGUAAUUUUUAUUUCUUUGCACUUUUCUCCAAAACACUCAAUAUUAUCAUGAGGUAAUUAAGAUAGCAAAUUGUUUUAGUACUAGUUAUAGUUUUGCUGAUAUUCAAAGAUAAUAUUUUUAAUAUUAUUCUUUAGUCACGUAUAAAAACAAUAAAGAUAUAUUGAAUUGAAAAACUGGUAAUGUAAAUCAGGACACAAAACAUGUGUUAUUGUUGCAUUGAGUGAGAAAGGUCUGUCUGUUAAAAUAGUGUAGAGGUGAUGAAUGUAAAAAAAAAAAAUAUUUCAAAACACAAUGUUUGCCAUUAAAUUUUGUUUAUAAAAUGAAAAUAAAUAUGAGUCAACUACC